UAUAACGAUCUAUACCAACUUCAACCGUUGUGUAUGUGUCGCGAAUCAGUCAGCACUGUGUUGAAAUUGUUUAUGGAAACGCCUGUCAGACACCACUUGAGUAUAGUAAGUAACUUCGUUGUCUAUCAGUGUAUGAAACAACCUGCGUCCACACGAGUCCCUAAACCAAGGCGCCAAAGCCAGCAGAUGACAAUACCCAGCUAAGUUGGCUAAGCUAACCACCUAGCCCGAAGCAUGCCGAAUUUUUGCGCGGCCCCAAACUGUACACGGAAGAGUACACAGUCGGAUUUAGCAUUUUUUAGGUUUCCACGGGACCCAGAGAGAUGCCGAAUCUGGGUAGAAAACUGCCGCAGAGCCGAUCUAGAGGCGAAAACAUCAGACCAGUUGAACAAGCACUACAGAUUAUGUGCCAAACAUUUUGACCCAGCUAUGGUGUGCAAAACUAGCCCCUACAGGACUGUAUUGAAGGAUACGGCCAUUCCAACUAUAUUUGAUCUGACAAGCCAUCUAAGAAAUCCUCAUACCAGACACCGCAAGCGGAUUAAAGAACUUACUGAAGAAGAUAUAAGAAAGAUUAAAGAAAGGAGAUUGGCAUCCUCCAUCGAACAGCUUGUUUCCAAAAAAGAUGCAGCAGUUGAGGAUGGAACAAGCACCAACGAGGAUGAACCUCAGCUGUCCACAGAGGAGAAAGAGUUUCGUGAAUACCUGAGAUCCUUGUUUGAGGUUGUGGUCCUGUUAGGAAAACAGAGUAUCCCAUUAAUGGCUGAAAAAGCAUCUGAAGCUGAACAUAAGUCCAACAACUUCCAGGCCCUUCUAGAUUACCGCAUGAAUGCUGGAGACGAAGCUUUGAAGAAGCGGUUUGAGGCGACAGCUGUGAACACAGAAUACCUCUCUGCAACCCAGCAGAGCCAGCUCCUGGACAUCUGUGAGAACACAGUGAGAGAGGAGAUGCUAAUGGAGGUGAGAGAGAGUCGCUUCUUCUCCCUCGUGACAGGUGACCUUGUUGAAUUUUCCAACGAGAAACACCUGCCUCUAUUUUUACGCUUUGUCAAUCAGCAGAACGUCCUUCGAGAGGAGUUUUUGGACUUUGUUCUGUUUGAUGGUGAUGAGUCUGCGCUGGUAGAGAGGCUGGAGGCCCAGCUGACUGACCGUUGGGGGCUUAGCAUGGAGGACUGCCGUGGUCAGGCCCAUAAGGCCACUGGGACUUCCACCACCAAAAUGAAAGCUGUGGCAGUAUUACUAAUGGAGAAGUAUCCCCUGGCAUUGCACAUGCCUUGCUCCCAUAUGGCACUUAACAUCCACCUGGCCAGCAGUCUGCCUUUUCCCAAUGUCCAGGUUGUCAUGGAGACUCUGAGGAGGAUUGGUGCUUUCUUUAGAACCCCGCUCACUCAGGAUGAGCUUGAGAAAGCUAUCUCCUCUCACUACCAGAAAAACGAAGAGAAAGGAACAGCACUAAAACAAUCUUCUGGCUCAGGAUGGACAGAGCAUCACAAUGUGUUUGAUGUGCUCCUAGAUUUGUUGCCACCUCUGCUGCUCUGCAUGGACAGCAUUUUAGACAAUGAUGAUGGAAAGUUUGCUGAUGCUGUCACAGCAGAUGCAUAUUCAAUCACAGAAACUCUGGCUGAAUUUGAGAUCAUUGUCACCAUCGUCAUCUUAAAGAAUGUUCUCACAUUCACCAGAGCCUUUGGGAGGAAUCUCCAAGGGGAAACACUUGAUGUGUUUUUUGCUGCCAACAGUCUAACUGCUGUGCUGCAUUCACUAAAUGAGGUCAAUGAUAACAUUGAUGUCUACCAUGAAUUCUGGUAUGAGGAAGCUGUUAGUGUGGCCAGUGUAAUGCAGAUUCCCGAGAAGGUCCCGAGGCUGUUCCUGCGGAAGCAGCGUGCAGCUGAUGUGGGUGAAAUCCAAGCAGAGUCAUAUUUUAAGGAGUAUGUGACUGUCCCUGUUAUCCGUGGCAUCAUGCAGGAGGUGGAGGACAUGUUCUCUGAGAACAACCUCAAAGCUCUCAAGUGUCUGUCACUGGUCCCAGCUGUCAUGGGCCAAAUGAAGUUCAACACCACCGAAGAGAACUAUGCAGAUGUUUACCGCAACGACCUCCCUAACCCAGACACGCUUCCCGCAGAGCUUCACUGCUGGAGAAUCAAGUGGAAGCACAGGGGCAAAGAGGUGCGCCUGCCCACCACCAUCCACGAAACCUUGCAGCUUCCAGAUGUCAAGUUCUUUCCCAACGUGAACUCCUUCCUCAAGGUGCUUUCCACCUUACCUGUGCUGAAACUGGAAGACAACAAAAGUCACACGGCAAGUGAGCGGCUGCGCGCUCAUCUUGCUAGCAUGCCCACUAAGCAGUGGAACAAAAGUCUCGCAAUGCUCAACGUUAACACUCAUGUCAAACAUGACUUGGAUGUCAUGGUAGACAAAUAUUGCAGACUCUAUCCAGAGGAUGACCCUGAAGCUGAGGCCGCGGCUGAGGAAGCGGCUGACGAAGAUGGUGUGAUGAAAUGAUAUGACAGACACUGAGCUGAAAUAGCUGCUCUGGGACACAAAUGAACAAAAUAGAUGCUGUCAGCCAUAAGCACACACUCCUUUGGUUGCUCAUGUAUGUUUUGAACAUUUACAGUUGGAUAUUUGUAUUAAUAAUUUAAAUGCAGAUGUAAAGAGGUAGUGGAUGCCAUUCGUAUUCAGUCUCUGAGGUUUCCAAGACAAACAAAAUUACCCUUGUUCUUGUAUGUGGUAAAAACAUUGGUGUUUGCAAUGCAUCACAGCUCAGUCUUGCAUUGUAAAUAAUCAAACAUCUGGAAAUAUAAGUUACUGCCAAAGGCAUGGUCUGUAAAUAUUCAAAGUUCUGAGUGUUCGUCAGGCUGUUUCAUUAUUAGACUUGCAUCUGUAAUGAUGCUGUGAUCUUAAGGAAAAAUAUUUUGUAGUCUAUUUUUUUUCUUCAUUGAUUUUAUUUGUUAAAUUGUGUUGGCUCUUUGUUACUGUGUGCUUUUAAUUCAAACCACAAGAUGAACUCAUGUGGCCCUGUUGAUCUACUGUAGUUAUUCCAUUCCACUGACUGUGAAGCAGAAGCAUCACAAGAGGGAGCAGUUACACCAAUAUCAGACCCUGAAUUAAUGCCAUUGGGGAAAUAUUUUUGUUUUAUAAAUGAAAAGCUUAUAUUGCUAGGGUGAUAUAUUUUGGAUAGUUAUGAAGGCCAGUAUGUUGAGAGUUCACCUCUGUAGAGGGUACAUUCUAAUUCAAACAGGUACAAGAGGAAAAUACCAUUUGGAUAUGUAAUGAAGUUGCGUGUUUGCCUCAUCAUGCACUGUUCUGCAGAAAAAAAAAUGCAGGAAAUUUGACACAAGUCUGGAUGUAGCAGUAAUUGAAUUGUAUAUUAUUGUUAUCACGUGGUUUGCUUUUAUUGCCUCCCACAAUAUUCAAUAACUUGUCAAAUUCCACAUAAACUUUCCGUCUGGUUUCAGCUUGGUUUAAUAAAAUCCUUUUAUAGAACACAAAAUG